AUGUCUUCACAUGAUGGUAGUACUCCAAGUAGUGAUCCUUCAACGGCCCAAUCAUCUCAACCUUCAAUUUCCAUGUCAAGUGGUAGUAGAGGAAGAACAGAUUUGGCAUGGGGUCAUUGUAGAGAAGCUCCUGAACUUAGUGUUGGAUGUAAAAAAACUAAAUUAGUAUGUUUAUAUUGUGCUAAAGUAUUUGCGGGUGGUGGCAUUAAUCGAUUUAAGCAACACUUAGCUGGAGCUAAAGGAGAAGUUGAACAAUGUCGCAAAUGUCCUCCUGAUGUUCGACAUCAAAUGCUUUUGAACCUUAAAGGAAAUGUUGAAACAAAAAAAAGACAUGCCAUAGAUGAUGUAACAGCCAUGGGUCCUGGUUAUAAAGGACCAAACUUGCAUGCUAUCCGUGGUUAUUACUUGGCAAAAGCGGUUGAUGAAGUGAAGAUUUAUGUUGAGAGUUAUCGAGAGAUUUGGAAGAAGACUGGUUGCACAUUAAUGGCUGAUGGAUGGACUGAUCAGAAGAGGAGGACUUUAAUUAACUUCUUAGUAUAUUGUCCUAAAGGAACAGUUUUUUUGAAAACUGUGGAUGUAUCAGAUGUCUCAAAGACUGCUAGAUUGUUGUAUCAGUUGUUUAGAGAGGUUGUUUUAUAUGUUGGGGUAGAAAACAUUGUGCAUAUGAUGACUGAUAAUGCUGCAAAUUAUGUUGCUGCUGGCAGGAAGUUCACUAGAGGAAAAGAAAUACUUCGUCCAGCUCCUACUCGUUUUGCCACCAAUUUCAUUGCAUUGCAAAGCAUUUUAGCUCAUAAAGAUGAGUUGAGAGCUAUGGUGACAUCUAGGGAAUGGGUCUCAUCUGCUUAUGCUAAAUAUAUCAAAGGAAAAAAGUUUGUUGACAGUGUGCUAGACUCUUUGUUUUGGGAAGAAUGUGUAAUAAUUGUGCGAAUGAGUGAACCUUUAGUUCGAGUUCUACGAUUGGUUGAUGGUGAUGAUAGACCUUCGAUGGGAUAUUUGUAUGAUGCUAUUCAUCAUGCAAAAGAAGAAAUGAUGAGGAGAUUUCAAAAGAGAAAGCCUAGAGUGAAACCUUUCAUAGACAUUAUCAAUAAUCGGUGGGAUGGACAAUUUUAUAGAAAUCUUUUUGCAGCGGCAUUUUGGUUGAAUCCUCGAUUUCAAUAUGAUACAAAUAUAAUGGAUAAACAUAUGAGCACCAUUUCUGGACUUCUAGAUGUUCUUGAGAAGUAUGCACAUGGAAAUCUACCAUUGCAAAGUAAGAUUACAAGUGAGAUGAAGUUUUUUAGGAAUGCUGAACAUGACUUUGGCCGAGCGUCUGCAAUAAAUAAUCGCACCCUUAUGCCUCCAGAUGAAUGGUGGAUGACAUAUGGAACCAGCGCUCCAAAUCUACAACAAUUGGCUAUACGAGUGUUAAGUCAAACUUGUAGUUCUUCGGGAUGUGAGAGAAAUUGGAGCAUGUUUGAACAUAUUCAUUCCAAGAAGAGAAAUAGAUUGGAGCACCAAAGGCUUAAUGACCUUGUUUACGUCCACUGCAAUCUAAGAUUGAAGCAAAAGAAUUAUUGGAAAGGAAGAAAUUAUGAUCCAAUUAAUGUUGAGACAAUUUUUGACAUUGAAAAUUGGGUAGUCGAAGAUGACCCAUCAAUCUUGACAACGGAAGAAGUAGAGAGUUUUCACCAAGCUCUAUCAACUAUGACCAUACAAGAUACUUUAGAUGAUGAUGUCAUAAAUGUUAAUGAGAUUGAAGAUGAUUGUGAUGAUGAAGUUUCAAAGGAGCAUGCUGAUGAUUUAUUAGGUGUUGACAAGAUUGGCUCAUUUCCAUCGACAUUUGAUCCAAAUUUUGCUGCCAUAGACACAGAAGAACUUAAUGUGUUCAUUCAACAAAAGUGA